GUGCCGCUGCGUUUUCCAACUCUGGCGCGCACAUCAGCACCGAGUGGACGGACCCAACACUACGUCGAGUACUACGAAACGAAAACACGUCCACGUACGUUCUGAAAAGUCGAGAAAUUCUCAAAGGUUUGUGUUUGGCAGUCAGGGCUUCCCUUGACCAGCGCAAGUCGCAUUCGCAGUGAAAGAAACGAGAGCGCCGAGCAACGUCGACGAUUUUCAGUGUCCCGACUUAGAAAUUCCACUCGUAGCAUUUAGAAAUGGCCAAUCCAGCUGCAGGACCCUCCAAGCAGGAGAUCGAAUCGGUCUUCAGUCGCCUGCGCGCCCAGCCAGCCAACAAAUCCUGCUUCGACUGCGCGGCCAAGGCGCCCACCUGGUCCUCCGUCACCUACGGCAUCUUCAUUUGCAUCGACUGCUCCGCCGUGCACCGCAACCUGGGCGUGCACCUGACCUUCGUGCGCAGCACCAACCUGGACACCAACUGGACCUGGCUGCAGCUCCGCCAGAUGCAGCUCGGGGGCAACGCGAACGCGGCCCAGUUCUUCCGGGCCCACAACUGCAGCAGCACCGACGCCCAGGUCAAGUACAACUCACGGGCGGCCCAGCUGUACCGGGACAAGCUGAGCGCACAGGCCCAGCAGGCAAUGAAGAUACACGGCACGAAGCUGCAUCUGGAGCAGACGGACAAGAGCGAGGGCAACGAGGCCCCGAAAGAGGAGGACUUCUUUGCCCAGUGCGACAACGACACGGACUUUAAUGUGGAGAACAACAAUGUCAGCAAGCAGGAUCUAAAGCCAGCAAUCGCUGCUCCCGUCAUCAGCUUAGAGAGCCAACUGGGUGGCGGCCCGAGCGUGGAUCUGCUCAAUUCGGUGGUGCCCGCAGCAGCGCCCUCCUCGAUCGGUGCGCGCAAGGUGCAGCCCAAAAAGGGUGGGCUGGGUGCCCGCAAGGUGGGCGGCCUGGGGGCCACGAAAGUUAAGACUAACUUCGCAGACAUCGAGGCCCGUGCCAACGCGGCCAACGAGAUAAAGACAUCCGUGGCCACGGCCCCUCUGGACAAGCCCCAGACAGCCGAGGAGGAACUUGAAACGGUGGCCAGUAUGCGGCUGGCAUACCAGGAGCUUUCCAUGCAAAAGACCCGCGAGGAGGCUAAGCUCAAGAGCAUGGACCCGGCCAAGGCCAAGCAGAUGGAGCGCCUGGGCAUGGGAUUUAGCCUGCGUGGAUCGGACAUGGCCCACUCUGCGCUCGGCGAUAUGGAGACUAUCCAGCAGUCAGCGGCUCCUAAGGCUAAACUUUCCUCCUUGGAGAGCGACAACUUCUUCACGGACUACUCACUGUACGGCAACAGCAGCAGCGGAGGGGGAACCGGAUCUAGCGAAAAGCGAGAGGGCUCCGCUGGCGGUGGCACCAAGCUGGAUAAGUUUGAACUGGAUGCGCUUGGCUACGAGACAAUAGAGCCUAUUGGCGGCUCGCACAGCAACAUUACAUCUAUGUUUGCCGGCAGCAAUGACUAUGACAAGCCCAAGGCGUCGGCGCCGGCCAAAAAGAGUAGUGGAUUGACCGCCUCGUCCUCCUCGGGUCACAGCAAAGCAGGCGCAAGCAAUGAUCCCGUGAUCGCCCAACAGAAAUUUGGAAACUCUAAGGGCUUCGGCUCCGACCAGUACUUCGCCAGCGAACAGUCUGCGGCUGACGUCAGCGCGAGUUUGAACCGCUUCCAGGGAUCGCGGGCCAUAUCUUCGUCGGAUUACUUUGGCGACGGCACUCCUGGCGGCAGUGCGGGCAACAGGGCAGGCUACUCAUCGUCUGUGAACUUUAGUGCACCCGACCUGGAUGUGGAAAGCGUGAAAGAGAGCGUACGUCAAGGAGUGCACAAAGUCGCCGGCCGCCUGAGCAAUCUGGCCAAUGACGUGAUGACCUCCUGGCAAGACAAAUACGGCUACUGAUAUCAGCGGCACUCCCACAGUGACCCGCAAGGCAGCGCGAGCAGGAGGAGCAGCAACAGCGGUGUCGGAGAAAUGUCUAAUUUUAACGUUUUUAUAUAUUAGUCACACACCAACCAUUUCGCGCUUAUGCAGAAAGAUAUAAAGAAUUCCAAGCAGAUAGCCACUUAGCUAACAUCAGAGGAGCAUCGUUUUCGCAUACCUGAUAUUGAUCUUGUAAAAAAAAUAAUUGAAACUGAACAAACCGAAACAAAAUCCAUGCAGUGUAGCCAGCUGUACAAUACGCGUAGUGUCUUUUAAAUUUACAAAAAUAUACCGUUCAGAUCAAGCAUAUAAUGAUGUGCAUUACAUUUGUAUUUCUCCAUUAGUUAUCAAUAUUUUUUCGAGCUUACUUUUGUAUUCCGGUAGGCUAAUUUUUAAUUUGGUUCUCGUUUAUCAUGAAAUUUAUUAAAAGAGUGUAAUCUGAAUAAACUAGUACUGCAUAGCAAAUAUUCAUGAGUUAAGCAGUUUUUAAGUUUUAGAAAAUGUUCCCAUCUAAAUGGAUUUGUAUUGUAUAAAAUAUAAAAUAACAACUGCAUUUUAACUUUGAUCGAAUAACCAUCGAAACACUGCAAUUCCAAAUUCAUUCCUGCUCAACUUUGUCACUCUUUUAUCAGUCCAACCGACAAUCGUAGUAAGCGCAGAAUAUACUUCUCUCUCUUGCUUUUCUUUAAAAUAAGAGUUAUGAU